AAUCGGAAGAUGGGCCCAAAUCCCGCGAGAGCAAGUGGCGCGUAGCGACCCAAGGUGCUUAGGAACGCCGUGCUUUCCAAAUUGGUGUCACUUGUGCGCCUCGCCUCUCGGGGGGUCUUCUGCCUCCUCCCGGAAGAGGAAGGGAGGCGCAGCAUGAAGACUUUGGAAGCGCACCUGUUAGCUCCGGACUGCCUUCCUUCAGACCAGGCCCUAGCUCCAGCCCCUCUCUCUCCCCAGACUUCUCCGAUGGAUCAAAAUACGAACUCUGAACGGGUGCCACCGUCCCCCGAUGGUGAUGAUCCGACCCGGCUGGCGCCAGAUCUCGUGGCUGUCUCAGCUAUGUCCCAGGAGGCGCGGGAGGGGCACCCAGCUUCUCUGUCCACUCCCCCGGAGACAGAAUUUGAUACUCCUAGUGAGUUAAGUCCUCGGACCGAGGAGCAAGAACUUUCUGAAAAUGCAAGCCUUCCUGCAGAAGAAACGAACGGGCCAGAAUUGGGGUCUGGAGAAGCAUUGGAAGGUGUAUCAGAGGACCCUACUGCAGAGGACGAGGGAGACACCACUUGGAACUACAGCUUCUCCCAGCUACCUCGAUUUCUCAGUGGUUCCUGGUCAGAGUUCAGCACCCAACCUGAGAACUUCUUGAAAGGCUGUAAGUGGGCCCCUGAUGGUUCCUGCAUCUUGACCAAUAGUGCCGAUAACAUUCUGCGGAUUUAUAACCUGCCCCCAGAACUGUACAACGAGGGGGAGCAGGUGGAAUAUGCAGAAAUGGUCCCUGUCCUUCGAAUGGUAGAAGGUGAUACCAUUUAUGAUUACUGCUGGUAUUCUCUGAUGUCUUCAGCCCAGCCGGACACCUCCUACGUGGCCAGCAGCAGCAAGGAGAACCCAAUUCACAUCUGGGAUGCGUUCACUGGAGAGCUCCGGGCUUCCUUUCGUGCCUACAACCACUUGGAUGAGCUGACAGCAGCCCAUUCACUCUGCUUUUCACCGGAUGGAUCCCAGCUCUUCUGUGGUUUCAACCGGACUGUGCGUGUCUUCUCCACGUCCCGGCCUGGCCGAGACUGCGAAGUCAGAGCCACUUUUGCAAAAAAGCAGGGCCAGAGUGGCAUCAUCUCCUGCAUAGCCUUCAGCUCAGCUCAGCCCCUUUAUGCCUGUGGCUCCUAUAGCUGCUCCCUGGGUCUGUAUGCCUGCGAUGAUGGUUCACUUCUCACCUUGCUGGGAGGGCACCAAGGGGGCAUCACCCACCUCUGCUUUCACCCUGAUGGCAACCGCUUCUUCUCAGGAGCUCGCAAGGAUGCUGAGCUUCUAUGCUGGGAUCUCCGGCAGCCUGGUUACCCACUGUGGUCCCUGAGUAGAGAAGUGACCACCAAUCAACGCAUCUACUUCGAUGUGGACCCGACUGGGCAGUUCCUAGUGAGUGGCAGCACUAGUGGGGCCAUCUCUGUGUGGGACACCAGUGGGGCUGAUGAUGGGAAGCCAGAGCCAGUGCUGAGUUUUCUGCCCCAGAAGGACUGCACCAAUGGAGUGAGCCUACACCCCAGCCUGCCUCUGCUCGCCACUGCCUCUGGCCAGCGUGUGUUUCCAGAGCCCACAAACAGUGAGGAUGAAGGGGAGCAUGACCAGGACCUUCCCCUACUCUCCAUGCGCCACACCCACCUUGAAUGUCGCCUUCAGCUCUGGUGGUGUGGGGGGUGCCCAGACUCCAGUAUCCCUGAUGAUCACCGGGGUGAGAAGGGACAAGGAGGAACAGAAGGAGGUGCGAAUGAGCUCAUAUAAAAAGGUUUUAUAUGAUA